UCCUCUCUCCCUCAGGUCCAAUCAUUUCCUGCGAGACAAAAAGAGCUCUCACGCACACCAUCGAAUCUCAAUCCCAAUCCCCAGUCUUUCCCGGAAAAUUCCUUUUUCUUCCCUAGAUUCCCUUCCUCUCCGGCCAACCCUCAAUUUCUCUCCCCCCAUUUUCAACGCCUAAAAUUUACUCUUUGCCACUUCGGAGCUGCCCCUGCUCCGUUAAUUUAUCACUUUCCGAUCCUGGAUGCUCCGGUUCUGUUGGGCUCUUCAUCGUUAUACGUGUGUCUGGGUUGAAGUAUGAGUGCUCCGUGGUCCUCCGGAGGUUGUCUAUUUGUUGCCUUACCAUCUUCCCGUUCGGAUUCUCUCGUCUAAUUUCAAGUUUGGAGGCUAUGCAAGGCUUUUAUGCUACUCUAUGGAUAGAGGGUAUCCUUAUUGUUUGCACGAGGCAGUCGCUAGCUUAGUCAGUAUAACUAUGUAUCACGCAAAGAAAUUUCCCCCGGGAACUGUCGUGCCAAAUAAAGCUCAAGGUGGUGCUGACCAGCUUGCGAUUAUGACGGAUUUGAGUGGAUCUGCUGUGAAAAAUGCCACACCUGUGGGAGGAAGUGGGAAACAACGAUUACGGUGGACGUCAGAUCUUCAUGACCGUUUUGUGGAUGCCAUUACUCAACUCGGUGGACCAGAUAGGGCAACUCCAAAAGGCGUUCUGCGGGUUAUGGGCGUGCCUGGACUCACAAUUUAUCAUGUUAAAAGCCACUUGCAGAAAUACCGCCUGGCAAAGUACCUGCCAGAAUCUUCUGCUGAUGAGUCUAAGGAUGAGAAACGGAAUUCUGGAGACACUGUAUCUGGCACUGAUUCUUCCCCGGGAUUGCAAAUCAGUGAUGCUCUGAGGAUGCAGAUGGAAGUUCAGAAACGUCUCCAUGAACAGUUAGAGGUUCAAAAGCAGUUACAAAUGAGAAUUGAAGCACAGGGUAAAUACUUGCAGAAGAUCAUAGAGGAACAGCAGAAACUAGGUAAUUCCUUGAGAGCUUCGGAAACAUUACCAUCAUCGAAAGAUGAGCAAGAUCCUCUGCAGUCAGAACCUUCAGGUGAUGCCUCUGCAGAGACUCAGUCCCCGUUGAAGAAACAGAGAGUUGAUGAUGGCUCCAAGAAUGGCAUCAUGACCCUCUCAGCUGCCAAUAAAGAUUGCACAGAAGAUUGAUUUCAUUGUAAGUGACUUAGAAUUCGUUCAGAAACUGAAUUCAAAACGGAUGAAGGACCGGUGGUAGUAUGGAGUAGGUCCGAUUUGCAACUCAACGUUGGGUUUCUCAUACUUGUUGUAUUGUUAUGGUAGAAAAUACAAAACAAAAACAUGCUUAUGUACGCAAACCACUUGUAUAUAUAUUGUAGCUGUAACUGAUAAUAGUCAAUCCAUUCUUCUCCUGUUGUAGCCAGUGAGAGCGGGGAACUCUGCUCUUACGCCCGAUAGGGCUGUGUGCAUUGACAUUUGACCGUGAUCCUGCAUGUGACUGCUUGUUGUUGGAAGAGGGUACUAAUCAUUGUUCUGUAACUUGCUGGACCAGUCAAUAUCAAAAGGAUAGUGAUGGCGAGGUUUUCGGUUUUAUGGGUGCUAAUGUGUAAGGAGUAACUGCUGCUUUGUUAUUCAAAGAGAAAGCUCUUGCCAAGA